AUGACCACAGCACCUCUUCUGCCUCCAAGGUCUGGGGUCAACUUCGGGAUGAGAAGCCCAGAUUAUGUAAAGGAUCAUCUGCCUAAAGUUGCUCAGCACACUUCCUACAUAGGAGAAAAGCGUCCAGAGUUAGAAAAAACUGGAGAUCUCAGAUAUUUAUGGAGGCCUGCUUCAAACAGAAGCCUACCAGCAAAAUACAAACCUGAGUAUGUUGGUGAAGUUGGCUGGGGAAUACCAGUGUAUGAUUUUAUCAACAGGACAAGGCUUCAGAAUGGCUUUCACAUCAAGUAUGAAGAGCUAAGUCAAGCUGCCAUUGAGAAACUAAGCCACAGAUACCAGAACCCGUGGCAACCAAAUCCUUCGAUUAUGGAUGCAGAGGGAAGCUUCAGUCGUGGUUCUGUCGCCUGGCAUAUGGGUGAUUAUGAGAACACCGAUCAAAGAAAUUCCAAAUGGGCCAUCCUCCUUAGGCAGAGCAAGUCAGCCUUGCCAAGAGCAUAUAGACCACCCAAGCUGCCAAAGCUACCAGAAAAGGAGGAGGCAGCAGCCGGGAGGACUGGGGCUGCCCGGGGUCCUGAGGUCACAGAGGCGGCAUCCCCAGGUGGCCCCCUUCCAGGGGAGCCUGGGACAGCAGGUGACGAGGCAGAGCCAGUCUCCUCCCACUUUGAGGCCCAGUCUUUCAGGCUGCUGAAAGCCCUGAAGCAUCGGGACCAGCCACGCUAUCUAGACCCCCAGCUGGGCAUCCACGCAGGGUUCUGCUUCCUCUGCAAGAAGCUGGAAGGCUGCCCCCUGCUGACUCCAGGGUGA